UUUCGAAGAUGGCAACCAAUGAUGGCCACGGCGAGAACUCGUCUUACUUCGAUGGGUGGAAGGCUUACGAUAGCGAUCCAUUCCAUCCUAUCGAUAACCCAGAGGGAGUCAUUCAAAUGGGUCUGGCCGAAAACCAGGUAAGAACAUAUCCAGCAGCAGUCGUCUCGAUACCUCGCUGUACGUAAUUUCAAUCACAAUCGCAAAACCAACACCAUCCACCCACUUAGUUGCAGAGCAUAUCCAUAUUCUCACUUUCUAGGAGUACAAGAAGCACCAAACCACGGUGUUCGGGUUGUAUCUUUCGCGCGAAAGAAUGACUCACUUUCUUCCGCCACAAAAGCCGCAUCACGAUCUGCGCUUGAAGAAAGAGGUUGGAAUGCUUCGAGAGCUGUGCAAGGCGCAAUCCAACGGUUGACGUCGCAAAAAAAUUCAAUUAUUCUUUCUCGCAAAAGAUACAAACCGAAUCCCAUGCUUUGCCUGGAUUUGAUGCAAGAGUGGAUUAAGAAGAACCCGAAGGCCUCCAUUUGCACUGAAGCGGGAGUUCCAGAAUUCAAAGCGAUCGCAAAUUUCCAGGAUUACCACGGCCUGCCUGAAUUCAGAGAGGCCAUUGCCAAGUUCAUGGGGAAAGUGAGAGGAGAAGGAAUCAAUUUUGACCCUGCGAGGAUAGUGAUGAGCGGUGGAGCUACCGGGGCUGCCGAAAUAUUGGCCUUUUGUUUGGCUGACCCUGGCGAAGCAUUCCUUGUUCCAACGCCAUAUUAUCCAGCAUUCGAUCGAGACCUCAGGUGGAGAACAGGAAUCCAGCUCUUUCCAAUUCACUGCGAGAGCACCAAUCAUUUCAAAAUCACCCAGUCCGCACUUGAAUCUGCUUAUGAGAAAGCCCAGCAGGCGAAUAUUAGAGUUAAAGGGGUCUUGGUAACCAACCCAUCAAAUCCACUGGGGACAACCUUGGACAAAAAAACACUAAGAACCUUGGUCAGUUUCAUCAAUGCCAAGAGGAUCCACCUAAUCUGCGAUGAGAUUUUCGCAGGGACCGUGUUCAGCGAGCCCAGAUUCGUUGGCGUCUCCGAGAUACUCGAAGAGGAUCCUAAUUGUGACCAAAGCCUCAUCCACAUCACCUACAGCCUCUCCAAGGUCCUCGGCCUCCCUGGAUUCAGGGUUGGCGUGGUCUACUCCUACAAUGAUACAGUGGUUCGCUGCGCUCGUAGGAUGUCGAGCUUUGGACUAGUCUCCUCACAAACACAAUACCUGCUUGCCUCCAUGCUAUCAGAUGAUGAAUUCACAACCGAGUUGAUAGCAGAGAGCAGGAGGAGGCUAUCGAAGAGGCACGAGAUCUUCACUUCUCGGCUUGCGCAGGAGGGAAUCCAGUGUUUGGAGAGCAACGCUGGGCUGUUCUGCUGGAUGAACUUGAAAAUGCUUCUCAAGGAAUCCACAGUUGAAGGAGAACUCGAGCUGUGGCGCAGGAUAAUUGACGAUAUGAAGCUCAAUGUGUCGCCCGGUUCCUCGUUUCAUUGCAGUGAACCUGGGUGGUUUAGGGUAUGCUUUGCCAACAUAGAUGACGAGACCAUGGAAGUUGCCCUUCAAAGGUUCAAGUCAUUUAUGCGCCAGGCGAAGAAGAAGAGGUGGCAGAAUGGGCUUCGCUUAAGCUUUCCUCGGAGGUUUGAGGGCAUGACCACCAUGACCCCCAUGACCCCAAGCUUAUUGUCACCGCACUCUCCUGUUGUUCGAGCCACCACUCCAGCUUAGUAGUAUAGCUAGAGGAUCCACCCAUCAAAUCCACUGGGGACAACCUUG